AUGAGCCCUCCGGGGGCGGCAAGCCACGGGAGGCAGCCGCGGAAGCUGGUGCUGUGCUUUGACGGCACCGGCAACAAGUUUCGGGGCGACGACAGCGACAGCAACAUCCUCAAGAUCUUUCGCAUGCUGGACCGGACUGCCAGCGAUCAAUACCACUACUACCAGCCCGGCAUCGGUACGUACGUCGUGUCCAACAACGUGUCGUCGCACACGUCGAUGCGCGCGCGCUUCAAGUCGUGGAUGACCAAGGCCAAGGACUCGGCCAUCGGCUCGUCGUUUGACCAGCACGUCGUGGGCGGCUACCGCUUCCUGAUGCGCUUCUACUCGCCCGGCGACGAGAUCUACAUCUUUGGCUUCUCGCGCGGCGCCUACAUCGCCCGCUUCCUGGCCGAGAUGCUCGACUACGUCGGCCUGCUGAGCCACGGCAACGAGGAGAUGGUGGCCUUCGCCUGGAAGGCCUUUGCCCAGUGGCAGUGCCGCCGCGGCUCACGCAAGAAGACGGAGCGGCUGUACGAGUUCCUCAAGGGCUUCCGCGAGACCUUCAGCCGCCCCGUGCGUCGCAUCCGCUUCCUCGGCCUCUUCGACACGGUCAACAGUGUCCCGCGCUUCGAGACGGCCUGGAUGGAGCGCGCCGUGUCCAAGUUUCCCUAUACGGCUCGCACUUCGGCAAAAGUGAUCCGGCACGCCGUUAGCAUCGACGAGCGCCGGGCCAAGUUCCGCCAGGACCUCAUCUACCAGAGCAGGCACGAGUCCAUGGAGCGCAAGAAGGUCGCGGCCGAGGCCAAAGCCAAGGGCCACGGCGGCGGCGGCGGGCUGCACAACGCAAAACACAUGCUGCACGAGUUCCACGAAAAGUACCGCGUGCACCACCACCACCGCCGCGCGCAGCAGACGCCCGUGUUUGUCGAGCCCAAGCCCGAGGUGGAGGGCCGGGGGGACAGAACAAACGGCGGGGCGGCGGCGAGGGCAUCCCAGGACCGUGGCCGCCGCCCGUCCAAGGAGGCCGUUGGGGCAGCCUCGGGCGCAGCACCACCGCAGCAGCACGCGGCGCGCGCGUCGCUGGACCACCCAGAGCGGUACCGCGCGCACCGGUCACGGUCCAAGUCGCGCACGACACAGCGCACGCGCGACUCGUCGGCGGCGCGGCGGCUCGGCAGCGCCGAACGCGGCAGCGUGCGGGACCAUGUGGGUCACUACCACGGCGGCGGGCACGAGCACGAGCACCCGCACCCGCAUGACCGGCUCGAGGUGCCUGGCGGCAGCCAAAAUGACUGCGACUCGGACGGGGACGGCGAGGACGGGGACCUGGCGCACAUGCCGGCGGCGUCCGACGUCGACGACGGCUUCAGCAGCUCCGACGAGGACGACCAGGACAUCGACGAGGUGUGGUUCUCGGGCGGGCACGGCGACGUCGGCGGCGGCUGGGACAUUGAGCCGGGCGGCAAGAGCGCUAGCCACGUGCCGCUGGCCUGGAUGGUGCGCGAGGCCAUCCGCGCGGGCCUGUCGUUUGACAUGAGCAAGGUCGUGACCAUGGGCUGCGCGUCGGCCGCCGAAUGCGGCAUGCAUGUUGACGAGGAGGAGGAGGAGGAGGAGGAGGAGGCAGUCGCCAAGGCACGCCAGCAACAGCCGCCCGUCCCCAACAUCCGCGUCAACAGCGGCAGUCAGCCCAACACACCCGGCAUCGGCCCACUGACGGGCGCCGACAGCGAGCAGGGCGACUGCGACGACGAGCACGGGGACCGACACAGCCACGGGCUCGGGCUCGGGCUCGGCCACCUCAAGAACGACGUGCACGCGGCCUUCCACAACCUCAUCUGCCACGCGCACACGGCGCGCAUCCACGACUCGCUGUCCUGGGACUGCGGCAUGUCGGCCGGGUCGGUGCUCUCGUGGCGCGUCAUGGAGUACUUGCCCUUCCGGCGCAUGGACCUGCAGGGCGACGGCUCGUGGAAGCCCAUCCGCUGGCCGCUGCCGUGCGGCGAGGUGCGCGACAUCCCCGAUGAUGCCCGCGUCCACGGCUCCGUCAUCCGCCGCAUGCGCGCCGACGAGCGCUACCGUCCGGGCAACCUCAUCGUCGGAGGGGGCGGCCGGGGAGUGAGGGUUGCGCCGUCCGAGAAGGGGACUGGGAACUGGAUCUGCAUCUCUGGCGAGGGCGACCCGAUUGACGAGAUCUGGGUCAAGGUGAAGGAGGGCGAGGGAUCAGAUGGGGGUGAUGGGAACGGUAGUGGCAAGAAUAAUGGUAACAGCAACGGGCACAGUCAUGGUGUCAACGUCAAUGGAAAAAAUCACCAGUGAGGACGCGAGGAGAAGAGAAG